AUGCUAGCGCAGAUGACCGUAUCUGCUCAAGUGAGUGUACCAACUACUCAGGCAGGAGAAGUGCUAAUAUACUCUCCAGGUGGAACUAAUGUUCUUGGAGGGAACUUUGCUCUUGUGGGCUUGCCUUCCGUCGGUGCUAGUGGCGCAAUCUUCGGGACGACAGCUAUCGCAUGGAUUGACUUGCUCGCGCAUUGGAGAUACCAUCCCCGACCGGGAACAAGGCUUGCGUGGCUAAUCGUUGAGCUAAUCGUCGGUAUUGGGCUCGGUUUCAUCCCAUAUGUCGACAAUUUCGCCCAUCUGGGUGGUCUCCUAAUGGGUCUCCUUAUGGGCAUGGCCUUCUAUCCUAUUAUCAGUCCAUCCACGAGGCAUAGGGCUAUUGUCAUCGGCUUCCGAUUGGCAGCGAUACCCAUUGCGAUCGUUCUCUUUGUGGUCCUCAUCCGCAAUUUCUACAAGUCGGAUCCUUAUGCCGCCUGUACGUGGUGCCGCUAUCUGUCGUGCAUUCCAACAUCUGCAAACGAUCAUUAUGUAGCUCCUGACACGGCGCCCGAGGAACCAGAUGAGUUCGCCGUAGACUCCUUUGUGUUAUUCCUGGAGUUGGAAGCAAAGUCCAUCGUUGGCGUUGGUAGCGUGUGGAAAGUACUGGCGUGGGUGUGGAGAGCGUUUACGUGCCUUGUUCAUGAUGCCGUCAAUCGCGGUACGCCGACCGUUGAACGCUUCCGCGAGAUUCGCAAACUCGGCAUCCCUCGCCGUCUUCCGCUGGUCUUCUGCCUGCCCGGGAUCUUCCCACUCCUCUGUCGCGCGACGCGCGCGGCCCAUGCCUCCCACGGCGCGCUUGGUGCCGCGCGCCUCGCCGGUCCCUAUGCUCUCCAUCUGCAGCCAGGGAGCCAGAGAAGGGGUCGUACACGGGCUCUGGGGCGGAGAUGGGGCUGGAAGUGGAAGAGCGUGGUCCGGGUAGCCCAAAUGGGCUCGGAGUUCGUGCAGGGCGUUCAGGCGAACCCGUCGUGGCGGUGGUGGUCCCCUUCGACCCAUCUGCACGAGCUGGCGUAUGCACUGUCGUCCUAUCUCGGGAUGCUUGUCCUAAGAGUUCAGCCAGGACGACAUCGUGGGGCGUAGAUUGCGAGACGGAGUGUGCUCUGCCAGGGUGAGGCCGUGAGCUCGACGGGUCGUCGACAUGAGCCUUGUGUGGCGAGAGCGAGCGAGCAUCGGCAGAGUGCUUGCGGGAGACUUGAGAUUCAUUGUCAUUGGUUGGCUUUGAGGAGAGUCGCCAUGAACCAAGCAUAUCGUUCAAGCUGAAUG